AUGUGCAAUCCCCAGAACGAUAUUGAAAUGAGAGAUUAUUGUGAGCUGAGCGACCAGGAUGACGAUCAUCUUGGAAAUCAGGAUGGCGGUGAUGUGGAUGAAGCCGAGUUAGGUGAAAUCGAAGAUUCACAACACAAGGCUGGAUCGCCAUCCCGCACUUCUGCAGGCCUGCCCCAUCGAGCCAUGCGCAAUGACUGUGGAGACCCCAUACUCAUAGUUGAGAGACAUCCAGAAGCAGGUCGGGUCUUGCGGUGUGAUGAUGCUACUCAUGCUACAUAUAUGUGGACCUGCCAUGACCUUCAGAGCAAGGAUAAUCAGUAUCACCCUUUUCUCGAUGAAGGUGACUACAAGGUAGCUCGGUGGGCAAUCAAGCAAGGGCCAAAUCAAAACGCCCUCACAGAUUUUUUGUCCAUUGAUGAGUGUUAUUCAGAUAUCAGGCAUCAACGAAGAAUUUGGAUUAUUCUCAUGCAAGAUCCUGUUGAAUCUAUCAAAGAACUGUGGGCUAACCCCGCCUAUCUUGAGCACCUUACCUAUGCGCCCGAACACCGCUUUGCAGAUGAAGGAAAAUCUGAACACAUUUAUGAUGAGUUCAUGAGUGGUGAUUGGGCAUGGGAAAUGCAGACACUUCUUCCAGAUGGCACUACGCUUGUUCCUGUCAUUCUCAGCUCUGACAAGACCCAGCUUUGCCAAUUUCGAGGUGACAAAACCACAUACCCGGUCUACCUCACUAUUGGCAAUAUCUCGAAGUCUAUUCGUCGCAAGCCGUCCUUUCGCACCCAGAAGCUUAUUGGGCACCUUCCGACUGUUUCUCUAGAUGGGAAUGAUCUUUCAACAGACAAUGCCCGUCUUAUUCGUACACAGCUAUUCCACUAUGCAAUGGGAGUUUCUGGUCCAGAACAUCGCGAAAUAUGCAAGCAACUCCUUGGGUGCAUUGUUGACGCCCCUGGUGCACCUGCUGGGGUAAUUCAUGCCACCCGGAGCCUCCUGGACUUCCUUGAGAUCACUCAAUACCAGAGUCAUACAGAGGCAACUCUUGGGUAUCUCACAGAUGCGCUGGAUCAGUUCCACGACAAUAAGGAUGUCUUCAUCAACCUCGGUGCACGCAACAUUGAAGACUUUAACUUCGCAAAGCUGCAUUCGCUCGAGCACUAUGUCAAUUCCAUCCAGCGAUUUGGUACAAUCGAUAACUACAACACCGAGGCUAGCGAGCGCCUCCACAUAGACUACGCAAAGGAUGCAUAUAAGGCAACCAACAAGAAAGAAUUUUGGGAGCAGAUGAUGAGAUGGCUAGAGCGACGCGAGACAAUGGCUGCAUUUGACUUGGUCCUUCAAUGGAGACGCGGAGAAAUACCGAAGCAUCACGCUCAUUGGAGAAGGCUUCUGCCACCUGGUGUAUACCUUGCAAAGAAUCCUUCCGCUCAUGUGGUAUCAUUUCGUGUCCUAGAAGAUCAGUUUGGGGCAGUGCAUUUCAAGAAUGCCCUUGGGGAGUUCAUUGCGAACCAGCUCCAGCCUACUUCCUAUCGCUUAGAAGGGGUUGACGUGUGGUAUUGUGUCAAGUUCGCAGUUCCGAAUUUGCAAGUUGAUACUGAAUCUACCACUUUGCACACUGCACAUGCGGAGCCAAAAAGAUUUAAGUGUAGUGGCAUAGGAGAGUUGGAUGCAUGGUUUGACACUGUACUGGUCAAUGAGUCAGAGCACGAGGAGACUGGCAUCGAAGGAAAACGAGUUGCCCGGCUUAAAGUAAUUUUCCACAUUCCUGACAAACACCUCACAAAGAUGGGUGUCACCAGACAAAUUGGACAUCUUGCCUAUGUCGAAUGGUUUUCACGACCUCGAAACAAAGAUCCAAAUUCUGGGAUGUAUCUUAUCUCCUGA